GCUGGUUGGAUUUAGCCCCGGCAGCGUCUUUUCCCGUCCAACACAACAAGCUUAUUACCUUUCUCUCAACGCGCUUGGAAACGGAUUUACGCACACGAAAGGAGGAGUUUGGAGGACUAGUAGAAUGCUGAGUAUCUUUCCUCCUCGCAACUGUUCUCCACCCUGCUCUCCAUGACCUGAGAGCGCCACCACAGCGGGAGGAACGAAACACCAGAGAGAGAGAGAGAGGAAGAGGAGGGCAGAAGGCCAGGGACGGAAGGAAGGGACACACUUUUUUUUGUUGUUGUUGUUUGUUUUCCCUUUCCGAAAUGGCGGCGACGGAGGCCAAUGCGGCGCCGGUGGUCCAGGAAGAUGGGAAAACCCCAGAGAGCAAGCCGGCAGAGGCAGAGCAACCGGCUAAAAACGCCAACGCAAACUCAGAGACUGUCAACAGUGAAGUUGUCGAUAAAGAUGGCACUCCUGUCAACAGCGAGGUUGUAGAUAACAAAGAGACUGUGACGAACGACACAGCGGCGGCGGCGGCGACAGCGGCUGAGGAGGGAGAAGCAGCGGCACCUCCUCAGAGCUCGGAAAACGCCUCCUCUCCUGAGCCCAAGACCUCGUUCCUGGACUCUUUCCUCAACAAGAGUGGCCUGGGAAAGGUGAUGGGAGGAAGGAAGAAGAAAGAGCAUGGCACAGCCGCUGGAGGAGGAGAGGAGAACGCAGCUGAGGGAGGGGAGAAGGAGGGAGAGAAAGGAGGCGAGGAGGCUGCAGCAGCUGAGGGAGGAGCAGAGGGAGGUGCAGAAGAAGAAGCAGCAAUAGAGAAAGCUCCUGAAAAUGGAGAAAAGGAGGAGGAGAAGAAAGCAGAGAAGGGCAAACCGGUGGAGGCGAAAUCCACAGUUCGAGAUCUGAUCAGGAAGCCGGUGGCGAGGAUCUUCUCCCAUCGCAGCACCGAGAAGAAGGACGGCGCCGCCGCAGAACCCCUGAAACAAGUAAAGGUUCGGUCCAAGUCUCUGGACCGACUGGAGGAUCCAGAAGCACUUAACACCGCAGACUCCACCAUAGAGGAGGGAGGAGCGUCAGGGGGGGCAGAGGGAGGCGCAGAGGAAGAACAGAAAGCCUCAUCCUCCUCGACAGCCACCAAGCACAUGAAGCGCUGGCACUCCUUCAAGAAGCUCAUGGCUCAGAAGGCGCACAAGAAAAGUGGAGGAGGAGGCGGAGAAGACUGUAAGGAGGAGGGAGCAGAAGCAGAAGGAGGCGGCGGAGACUCCUCCACACUGGAUUCCAAGGAGUCGGGGCAGAAGAGGUGGAAGCUGAAACGCUCCUGGACCUUCCAGGGCCUGAAGAGGGACACAUCCAUGGUCGGCAUCAGCGGCAAGGCCAAGGGCUCCGACAAAGACUCCGCUGACAACGUGAAGCCAGAGGAGGCGGCGGCAGCGGGAGGAGCUGAGGGAGGAGAGGAGGCUAAGGCAGAGGGAGGAGCAGAGGAGGCCAAGACGGAGCAAGGGGAGGAUAAGGAGAAGGCUGAAGGAGGGGAAGAGGUGAAGGAAACAACGGCGGGAGGUGGCACGGUGACGCACCACGCCAACGAGAUCUGGACCUCCUUCAAGAAGCGGGUCAUCCCCAAGUCCAAACGCGCCAACACAGAGUGCGCCCCCAGCGGGGAGGAGGACGCAACUGCAGCUGCCGCCUCAGGUGAGGAGGGAGCAGCAGAGGAGGGCAAAGACGGCAAGACAGCCAAGGCCAAGCGCACACAUUUUGGCCGUGCAGUUUCCCUGAAGAACUUCAUCCUACGAAAGGGCAAGUCCACUAGUGUGGACCUGGGUGAGGGCACCAAGGAAGAAGAGGAGGCCGCGGACAGAGGAGACGCAGCGGAGGAAGGAGGUGCUGACGGUGAAACCGCCACAGCGGCCGAGGAGACCAAUGACAAGGAUGCAGAGGCGGCUGAGAAGACGGAGGCGGUGGAGAGCGGAGGAGAGGCAGCAGGGAGCGAAGGGGAGGCGGGGAAGGAGGUGGAGGAGACACCGGCCGACGCACCGGUCACCAAUGGGGAGAACGGCUGCUCCAACGGCACAGCAGAGGAGCACGCCACACACAAUCACCAGGAGGAGGAGGAGGAGGAGAAGACGACGGGGGGCAGCCCCGUGAAGAAGACCAAGGAGGCAGCAGGAGCGAAAGAGGAGGCCAACGCCAAGAUCAUCAACGCCACGGCGGCUGUGAACAGCGACAAAAAGGCGGGAAACGUGUGAGGCCACACACAAAGAGGAUUGGAACUGCCCGGGAUUCGCUGAGCAAGGAGCUCUGAGCCCCGCCCCCCCCUUACUCCUCCUCCUCCUCCUCCCCGUUCCUUCCUUCAUCCCUCCUCCUUCCUCCUGAAUAAACGGAGUAAUCACGUGUUAACAGAUCACCAUGGUGAGAAAGAGUGAGCGAGAGAGAGAAUGAGAAAGACGCAAUUCAUUUAGAUGAGAAGUGAAAAAUAAUAAUCACUCAGAAAGCAAUAAUUCAGUCCCUUCUUUUCCAUCCAUCCAUCAUACAUGCAUACAAACAUGUACAUCCAGUGUUUUUAUUUUUCUUCUUUGCUUGUCUGUGAGAUUUUAUAUUGUCUACGAGAGAAAAGAAAAAUGCAGAAAUGUAAAAAAUGAAAAUCGAGACAUUCCACUACCCACCCCCCACAUUUCGCCCCGCCGUCCUAUUUUCCUCCUCAUCGAGCUACUUAACUCUGCUCUGUCUCUACCGACUCCUGUUUGGUGGAUUUAAAGAAAGAAAGAAAAAAAAAAGACUGUUAGUUUUAUAAUGACGGCCAUUUUGUUUUGUAGUCCCCCUCAGCCCCGCCCCUCCUCCCUCCCCGUCCGUCCCAGUAGAUAUUUGACAGUACAGCGGGAUCAUGUUGCUACACUAUAUAAACUGCCCUGAGGACUGCCACUUCCCAACCAACACUGCAAUGUCUUCAGCUCUGUGUGUUUAAUGUUUUUAGACUGUUAUAUUGUGUACAUGAAUUUAAAAAAAGAAAGAAAAACACCACCAUCAAAUAUUAAAAGUCAAAAUGUUUUUCUUUUUUUCCUGUUUGGUUUGAAUUCUCUUUUUUUGGUUUUAUUUUCUAAAAAACACAUCUUCUCACUGUUACCGCAGUCUGACGAUAUGCUGUAAUUAAAAAAAAAAUAAUAAUGAUGAUGAUGAUGACGAUGAUGUUUUGUUGGUCCAAGUUUUCACAUGUCCGCUAGCAAAUUGUCAAGAAAAAAAAAAAUAGUACAAUAAAGACUAAAAUCUAACAACUAAACUGCAA